GACGAGCUCCACCUACUCGCCCCCACACCCCCCCCCUCCCCCGCAAUCGGCGUUGCUGUUGGGAUGGAAGGGCGCGAGGGUGGGGAGCUCGGGUCGGCGUACAAGGCCGCCAUGCUCAACGGCGUCACCGUCGCCGUGAAGCGGAUGCGCGACAUGAACCGCGUCGAGUUCGAGGAGCACAUCCAGAUGCUCGGUGACCUCCGCCACCCCAACGUCCUCUCCCCCGUCGGCUACCAUUAUCGCAGGGAAGAAAAGCUCAUCGUCUCCGAGUUCAUGCCACGUGGCAGCCUCCUCUACGUCCUCCACGGUGACCAGCGCCCGGACAGGGUGGUGCUGGAUUGGCCGGCGAGGAUGAGGAUCGCCGUCGGCGUGGUGCGAGGCAUGGCGUACCUCCACGAGAAGCUGGGGAUCCCGACGAUGAGGCUGGUGAGCAUGGACGGCGCCGACUUCGACGCCAUCCACUCCUGCCGCCGUGGACAUCUCACACUACUCGCCGUCUGAGGUCUGCACCGCCUCCACAUUGAGCUGCCCACCGGCGAGCUCGGCAUCGAGGACGGCGUGCUCCUCAAGUGGAAGGCUGACUUCGGCGUACAAGGCCGCCAUGCGCAACUUCCAUCCCAACAACAAUGCCGAUCGAGGGGGGGGGGGGGGGGCGGGAGUAGGUGGAGCUCGUCGGGGCGAGCGGCUGUCGCGUCGCUGGCCGCCACCGCCGGACCUCCCCGUGACUCCGUGGGCCAUGGCACCUGGAGGCUAGAGAGAGGAGGGGAGAGAGAU